AAAAGGAAAGAAGUAUUCAAUGAAUUGGUAACAAACGAGUUCGCAAAUUUUUUGUUAUCAAUAUUUUAAAUAAAAUAGACAAUAUAAAUAAUUAAAUUAAAUAUUAAUAAUAACAAAUGUAAAGAAUAAGUUAAAAAUAAAGUGUACGAUUUCAAAGUAAUUAAGACAUAAUUAAAUUACUUUAGUGCGUACAAAGUCGAGUGUGACCAAAAUCAAGUGCUUUUUAAAUAAUUAUAGUUAUUUAAUAAUAUUAAGUUAUUAUUAUUAUUAAAUAUAGUAGAUUUUUAUUAACAAAAGAGUUUUAAGACUGCAUAUUUAUAUUUGCACUGCAAAUUUUCAACAAUUAUAAAAAUCAACAUAAUUGUGCUGAAGCACGGGUAUAGCACCUCAGCAAUUAAAUCAGAACUCAUUAUGACUACGGUUAAUAUCAAUUCACGCCCAAACAUUCUAAAAAAACAAGGCACCGAUCAGUGGGUUAAGCUCAAUGUUGGCGGCACAUACUUUCUGACCACGAAAACAACUCUAUCCCGCGACCCAAAUUCCUUCUUGUCACGCUUAAUACAAGAAGAUUGUGAUUUAAUAUCGGAUCGGGAUGAAACUGGUGCCUAUUUGAUUGACAGAGAUCCAAAAUAUUUUGCGCCAGUGUUAAAUUACUUGCGCCAUGGUAAACUGGUACUAGACGGUGUGUCGGAAGAAGGUGUGCUGGAAGAAGCUGAAUUCUAUAACGUGACUCAGCUAAUUGCCUUACUAAAAGAAUGCAUCAACCACAGAGAUCAAAGGCCAAGUGGAGAUAAAAAACGCGUCUACCGCGUACUUCAAUGCCGUGAACAGGAACUGACACAGAUGAUCUCAACGCUGUCCGACGGUUGGAGAUUUGAACAGCUCAUAAGUGUUGGCAUGCAAUUUUCAAAUUAUGGACCAUUUGAAAACAAUGAAUUUCUUUGUGUUGUUUCGAAGGAAUGUGGAUCAACUGCCGGUCGUGAACUUGAAAUAAAUGACAGGGCCAAAGUGCUGCAACAGAAAGGUUCUAGAAUUCUUGGAAUAUAAACAAAACAAAAGCGAUAUUAAAAGUAUGUUUUGGGCAUAGAUGAUUGAAACCCCUUCCUAUCACAACUCACCACUCUGAAAACUCACCAACAAAACAAAAUAUAAAUCAAUCAAAACACAUCAAAAUUAUUAAAUCAUUUAGUAAUCAUAAAAAUAUUUAUUUACAUUUUUUUUCUGUUUAUGGAAUUAUAUUUUAAAUUUAUAGAAAGAACAAAAUACGUUUUUUGAACAUUAGAUACAUAUUUUAGAUAACGUAUUUCUUAUUGAAAUAAUUUUGUGUUUCAUAUAUAUAAGUUUCAAUUAUGCAGAAAAAAAAAUAUUAUUCAAACUAAUUUAAAAAAAGUAGUAGUUUAAAUUUAAUUUUGACCAACAAAAUAACAAAAACAAUAAAACAAUGUAAGCAAAAACUGUUAAUGUUGAACAAAUAGCAUGUAUAUAAAAUAUUCUGGUUCUUAUAAUAGAGAAUGUACAAUAAUUAUAUUUUAUAUAAAUACAUGAUUAUUAUUUUUUUUUUUUGUUUUGUAUUUUUUGUUAAUAUAUCAUACAAAAAUGUCUCAACUUAAAAUUCGAUUUUAAAACAUUACUUGCUCGACUCAU